GGGCUUGAACCUCUUGCUCCAUCCAGGAUGUGUGACCGCAACGGCGGGCGGAGGCUCCGGCAGUGGCUGAUCGAGCAGAUCGACAGUGAGCUGUACCCUGGGCUCAUCUGGGAGAAUGAGGAGAAAACCAUGUUCCGCAUCCCGUGGAAACACGCCGGGAAGCAAGACUACAACCAGGAGGUGGAUGCUUCUAUUUUCAAGGCCUGGGCUGUUUUCAAAGGCAAGUUCAAAGAAGGUGACAAAGCGGAGCCGGCCACGUGGAAGACGCGGCUGCGCUGCGCUUUGAAUAAGAGCCCUGACUUCGAGGAGGUGACGGACAGAUCCCAGCUGGACAUCUCUGAGCCCUACAAGGUCUACAGGAUCGUGCCGGAGGAGGAACAGAAAUGCAAAGCGGGCAUUGCCAACGGGAGCAGCCUGAAUGACGUCACGGAGAUGGACUGCAGUUCCUCUGCAAUAGAUGACCUCAUUAAAGAGCCCCCCUGCGUAGACGAAUACCUGGGGAUCAUCAAGAGAAGCCCCUCGCCCCCCCAGGAGAGCUGCAGAAACCCCCCGAUACCCGACUGGUGGGUGCAGCAGCCCAGCCCUGCGUUGCCCCUGAUGAACGGAUACUCUGGCUACGAGCAGCAUCAUUCAGGUUACUCCCAGAUGGUGAUCAGCUUCUACUACAGCGGGAGGCUGGUGGGCCACAUCACCACCUCGUGCGUCGAGGGCUGCCGGAUCUCGCUCAGCCAGCCCUCCAGCCACGGCGAGAAGCUCUACGCCCCAGAUGCCCUGGAGCACGUGCGGUUCCCCUCGGCCGAUGCCAUCCAGAAUGACCGCCAGAAGCAGAUCACCAGGAAGCUCUUUGGGCACCUGGAGAGGGGCGUCCUGCUGCACAGCAACAAGCAGGGCAUCUUCAUCAAGAGGCUGUGCCAGGGCAGGGUCUUCUGGAGCGGGAACACCAUGGUCUACAAGGACAGGCCCAACAAACUGGACCGGGAUGAGGUGGUGAAGAUAUUUGACACCAACUUGUUCUUCAGAGAGCUGCAGCAGUAUUACAACAACCAGGGCCGCUUCCCGGACAGCAGGGUCAUGCUGUGCUUCGGAGAGGAGUUCCCAGAUGCAGUGCCGCUGCGGUGUAAGCUCAUCCUUGUCCAGGUGGAGCAGCUGUGUGUCAGGCAGGUGGUGGAGGAGGCUGGGAAGACCUGCAGCAGCAGCCCCAUGCUCCCCGUAGCUGAUGAGACACAGCAUGACCAGGUGUACAGGAUCUUCCAGGACAUCUGCGGGACGCACCAGCGGGCGCUCUUCAGAGAAAACCAACAGAUUGCUGUCUGAGCCUCCUUCUCUGCAGAUGUAGCGUGGUGGUUCGGGUUGAUCUAGACCCAAUUUGGUCCCAUUAGUGCCUAAAUUCCCCUUUUGGAAAGUUGGUUUUUGUUCUUUGCUGUUUCCAGUCCAGAGUCUGUAUAAAUACAGCGGGAAAAAUUGCUGUGAGAAAGUAGGUUGGAUGCUUGGUGGCUGUCCCACAGCCACUUUACUGAUAAAAAUGGCCUUUGUACCAAGCAGGGUAGUCCCGGUACCGUUGUCUAUAGCUAAUGGCAGGGGGAGAAGGGAGCGUCUGACCCGUGUGGGAAGGUUAGGGCUGGGAGUGCUUUGUGUUGCCUCUGUUAAUGGCCAGUCAAGCAGAACCAAAAAGCAACAGCUAUAAUGACCUAGCCCAGCGGUCUGCAACUCGGACCUUGCUGAGAAUAGCGAUUUGGUAGGCGGUGACUCUUGGAAAAGCCUUAAAAUGCUCAAAUGUAGGAAAUUCUUUCCAGAAAUCAGCUUUUUCCCCCAAGGAGUCCUGCUGAUGGAAGACAGGGUCUGCCUUCCAAGGAGAACUUUCUCCAAUUCCUCUUUAUUUUUGCUAUGAGGUUUAUAUGUUUAUCUGUAAUACCAAAGUAUUUUGACAUUUGGAAACCAAUGCAGAGAUUAUAUAUGUAAAUGUUGAAUAUAAGAACUUAGGAAUCUUAAUUUUUCCUAACCAGAGACAGAGUUUAUAUAAAUAUAUAAUAUCUUUAAUUUUAAAGAUCACAGCAUAGUGUGAAUAGGUUGGCUUCACCCUCCCAAACGCACGUGUUGGUCUCUCCCAAGCGUGACCAGGCAGCGGCAUCCAUGUGUAAAUCCUCAUUAACAUGCUUUGUGUGUGCACCCAGCACCAGGGAGCUACUUGGGCAUGGGGCUUGUGCCUUGCAGCUGACACAAACCAGGACUGCACGUGUGUGUGCUACUAAGCUGCCUAUUUAUUUUAUGCCUGAGGUUUAUUACAUUUUUUUUUGUAAUUUUUUUUAUCUUCCUGCAAUUAAAGUGCUAUAUUUUGUA